GUGAUUCGCCCUCGUGUUGCGUUUUCUAAAUCAGCUAUCGAUUGAGUUUGACUGGAUAUUGCCGCUCCACUGUGCUGCUUUGAUUAAGGUGCCUGCAUUCCCUCCUGUAAGAGAAACCUCUCCACUUAAAGGUGCCAGGAGGAGAUUCCAGCCAUGGAGAAGACAGCAUCAGACACAGCAAAGAAGACGAGCUCUGUCACUAUUUCCAAAGAGUGUCUGAAGACAGACUUGGAUAAAGACAUGGAUGACUCUGAUUCACUUGUCCAUAGUUGUGAGUUUUGUGGGACCAGUUUUGAAUCCAGACGGGGUCUCUCCAGUCAUGCCCGAUAUCAUCUCAGGCAGCUGGGAGUGGCUGUGUCAGAAAGCAGUGGGGCUCCGAUAGACCUUCUGUACCAGCUAAUGAAAGAAAGAGGUGGAACUCUACCCAAGCUCGAAAAACAGGUCAGCCCUGUUAAAAAAUACAAAACAAAGUCCCCCAACCUCAAAAAGGAUGCUGGGCCCAAACUGAAGAUUAAAAUAUCCAAUCUUGUAAAGAAAAAAUAUGCCCUUUCCUCGUCUUCCCCUAUUGCUGUAAAAGGAUCAGCAGCAUCGGGUCGCUCUUCUUCGCCUUUUGCUGUAGGGAAACCUCAUAAAGCAUCUUCAAAGAGGAUUGUAGUGUCCACUCCAUCUUUAGCCUCAUCUCUUGAUAAAGAUGUGGAAUACAGGCUCAGUGAAUGCAGUCCUUCUACCUCCCUCUCACUGGCCUCAACCAAACCCCUCUGGGCCCCUCAGGAAACAGACGCCCCUCUCAAUUUAGAAACGAUGAUUAAUUCCUCAGUGAGGGAUGAUGUCCAUGUAUGUGAGUUAUGUGGAGCGUGGUACGAGACCCGUAAAGGUCUCUCCAGCCACGCACGGGCUCACCUGCGGCAGUUUGGUGUGAAUUUGGACUCUAAAGGUGCUCCCAUAGACAUGCUCCAUAAAUACAUACAAAGUGUGGACUUUAAGGAAAAGGCCAGUUCCGGGCAGCUGGAAGGGUCGGACUUUGAUGUUUACUCGUCACCCUCCUCCACUCCUUCCAUUAGCAAAAAUCCCCCUCUUGCUCCUCUGUCAUUUAAAGGACUGACCUCCAUUCGUCGAACACAUCCUCCAAUCAAAAAGAAGAUGACUUCUCAGGACAUUUCAGGAAACUUGCCAUCCAGUGACGAAGUAGAAUUCAAAUCCCCUCCUUCAGCUAAAAAACUGAAGAUUUCACUUGAUUUUUCAGGGAACGUGCCACUCAGUGGCCAAGAAGAAUUGAAAGCACCUACCUCAAAGAAAAAGAAAAAGGUUUCUCCAGAUGUUUCAGGAGUCUUGCCCCUCAGUGGUAAUGGAGAAUUCGUAUCACCUCCCCCGAAUAAAAAGCAGAAGAUUUCUACAGAUGUUUCAGAGGAAUUGCCUUUCAAUGAGGAAACCGAAUUUAAAUCACCUCCCUCAGUUAAGAAGCAAAAGAUUUCUCUAGAUGUUUCAGCAAGUUUGGCAAUUGGCAAAAAAGCUGAAUUUAGAUCACUCUCUCGAGGCGAGUCAUCUAAAGAUGUCAACUGUGAAUUCUGUCACGAGAAGUUUAAGAAGAGUCAGAGCCUGGCCAGUCAUGCCCGCUAUCACCUGCGUCAGCUGGGCAUCACUGAGUGGUCCAUCAAGGGGUCUCCCAUGGCCACGCUGCGAGAGGUCAUGGCCCAAAGUGGUAGUUCCGCAGGAUCUCUCAGUCCCCUGGGGCCGCCCUCACUGACCCCACCUGUAUCCCCCUCUGUACCCACUGCUGUAGCCCCUCUCCUCCCAUCCCCUAAACCCAUUACCCAGCAUUCCUCACCUCCUCUAGUUCCUCACAAAGUUCCAAAGGCCAAGAAAGGCUCCAGGACUGUGAUCCCGAAACCAAAGGAUGAGCCUGUGGAAGUUGAUAUCUCUAUCAUAGAGUCUCCUAAGCCACAAAGCACUCCCACCAGCCCUUUAACACCUCCGUCUGAUUCCAACACAGUUAAAUCACCUGUCUUCGCACCUAAGCCUGAGAAGCAGGAGCCCAAACCGUUUGUAUGCUGUGACUACUGCGGCGAGAUGUUUGAUACUCGUAAAGCCCUAUCCUGUCAUGCACGUGGUCAUUUACGACAACUGGGGGCAAGGUGGUCCCUGAAAGUCCCACCCAUAGAGGCCCUGUAUGAGCUCAUGAAGCGGGCGGGCACUGAACGGGCAUCCCAAAUCAAAUCAGAACCUGCAUCAAAAGUGUCAGCACAGUGGAAAAAAGCAGCACCCUCACCUCAGACGUUAACUCUGUCACCUGGUGAAACAGAGAAAGCUGCCUCACACAGCACGUCUACAGGCUGUGAUGCCACCUGUGAACUCUGCGGUUUUGAUUUUGAGAAUCGAAAGGCACUGGCCAGCCACGCAAGAGCCCACCUGAGGCAGCAGGGAGUGGAUUGGAAGGUCAUCGGCUCUCCUAUUGAGACCCUUGCAGCCUGGAUGAAGAAGGAGCCGGGGAAGGUAGCAGAGCUCCAUAAAAGCUACAUGAGGGGGGACUUGCCUUUUGUUAAGAAGGCCUCCAGAAGAACCUCCACUCCAUACUCUUCCUCAGACUCCUUGUCCGUCCGUCUUGGUUCUCACAUAGCUUCAUCAGCAGCUCGAGACACUGCGGGUCAGCUGCAGGUAUCCCAGUUCUCCAAAGCAACUAGAGAAGGCAAAGCAGGGAUGAGCCACUCCUCCUCUUCACACAAAAAACGGUCUUCAUCAUAUGAACUAUCCUCAAACAGCCUGAUCCAGAUCCCCACAGCCCGCAGUGAACUAAACGUUCGUUCACCUCGAGGCUGUGAACGGCGUCCUCCAAAGCAUUUAUCUCACUCUGAGAGUGUAUCAGGGGAAACCGAGCCUUCAAAGCCUUCUCGGGCUGGAAACAUUCCAUCCUUGGUGCCUAGACCACCAGAGACCAGCCUAGUAAAGCUGGUAGGGAAGGUGUACUCCCUUAAGUGCAGGUUUUGUGAGGAGGUUUUUCGAGGGCCGCUCUCCGUACAGGAAGAUUGGGUCAUGCAUCUACAGCAGCACAUCCUCAAGCUGAAGACGGAUUCAGCCUCGAGCCCCUCACCGCAGCCUCCUCUCAGUCACAGUGAAGCACCGCUGCUUAUUGGCCCACAGACUGUCUAGAUGCUCUUUCUGCUGUGGUCUUUCUUUUCAAAAUGAUGCAAUUACACUACACUGACUUUUUAGCUUUAUUACCUGGACCUUGAUUGUCAACUGUGAUGUGGAGUUUGUCCUAAAUUCCAUUUUCUACUUUGAGAUAAAUUUAGUAAGACACUACUGAAAGAGUUUAACUACAGCAUUUCUUACCCGUCAAGUGCUGUCCAGUGGUUUGAUAGGGAUGAUUUGAAUGUAUUUUACUUUUGUAUUGUAUUUCACUGUUUAUAAUGUGCUCUUUUCUUAACAAGAUUUCAAACCAGUUGUUUUAUGUUGUGUUUAAAGUUUGAAAUAGUACUUAAAGUGUUUAGUUUUAAAUCAUGUUUUAUUGUUUUAUGAACAGAAUUGUGUAGACCAGUGUUUGGACAAUAAAAUGAAGUUAUCAUUCUUACUUUUUAAUAUAGUACUUAGAAUUAUGAAAACAGUGCUUCUCAUCUGAGUGAAUGACCUGGUUAUUCAAUGCCAAAAAUCCAAUAAAAGGUAUUUCUUCAGGUUUUCAUUGAUAUGUAUUGUAAGGAAUUAUUAUAAUUUUUUUUUUUUCAGUUUAAACAGUAACCAGCACUACUUCUCUGCAGGCAUCGUCAAGUGAUUCCAGUAUUAAACAAGACUUUAAUAUGUCUUGUUUUUACUAACACAUUUUUGAGGAGCAGUUUUUUCCUAUAUUUUAACAGUAGGAGUUUAACUAGUCAACAGUGUGAUUCUAUUACAUGUACUUGUGUAUUUGUCUUUGUAAAACACUGUGCCAGUGUCUGGUUCGAGUAAAGGUUGUGUUAUACCCCCAACAGUAAUAAAUACUUUCCAGAACGUAUAUGGAAUUCAAAUUCAAUUGAAUCAAACUGCCAAUGACAAGCUGUAGUCCUUGUAAAAUAAUAAAUUGAGUAUUGAGACAACUUUUUAUAUCUGCCUUUGAUGACCAAUUAAUAAAGAUUUUAAAUCUA